GUUGGGGGUGGUUUGUGUUGGGGAAGGCCUGUGAUUGGACUGCAGAAUCCACUAGGGAGGAGGAAAGCAAAAGUAAAAAGGAAAUAGCUGGGGGAAGGGAACGGGGGGAAGCCAUCUUCACCCCCCACCCCAAUGCACACACAAUUAAGCCAGGAAGCAGCUUGCAACCACUAGCCUGGGGAGGGUCCGCAUGUGUCAAGGGUGAGGACAACAGAUGCUGGACCCAGGGAGCUCUCUGGCACAAGUCAGUCUACAAGGCCUCAGGGACCAACUUGCCAACAGCUGGACUUGAUCACUAGUUGGCAAACUGAGCUCACGUAUCGGGUGGAAUAACAAGCGGACUUUGCUCUCUGCUGUGCGAAACGCUGUUUUUAGAGGAUUUGCCACAGCAGCGGAUAGAAAGCAGGAGAGCACCACCGGAGCCCUUGAGACAUCCUUGAGAAGAGCCACAGCAUAAGAGACUGCCCUGCCUGGCGUUUUGCAGGAUGACGGUGGCCCUUCGAGGAGCUUCUGCAUUGCUGGUUCUGUUCCUUGCAGCUUUUCUGCCCCCGCCGCAGCGUGCCCAGGACCCAGCCAUGGUGCAUUACAUCUACCAGCGCUUUCGAGUCUUGGAGCAAGGGCUGGAAAAAUGUACCCAAGCAACGAGGGCAUACAUUCAAGAAUUCCAAGAGUUCUCAAAAAAUAUAUCUGUCAUGCUGGGAAGAUGUCAGACCUACACAAGUGAGUACAAGAGUGCAGUGGGUAACUUGGCACUGAGAGUUGAACGUGCCCAACGGGAGAUUGACUACAUACAAUACCUUCGAGAGGCUGACGAGUGCAUCGAAUCAGAGGACAAGACACUGGCAGAAAUGUUGCUCCAAGAAGCUGAAGAAGAGAAAAAGAUCCGGACUCUGCUGAAUGCAAGCUGUGACAACAUGCUGAUGGGCAUAAAGUCUCUGAAAAUAGUGAAGAAGAUGAUGGACACACAUGGCUCUUGGAUGAAAGAUGCUGUCUAUAACUCUCCAAAGGUGUACUUAUUAAUUGGAUCCAGAAACAACACUGUUUGGGAAUUUGCAAACAUACGGGCAUUCAUGGAGGAUAACACCAAGCCAGCUCCCCGGAAGCAAAUCCUAACACUUUCCUGGCAGGGAACAGGCCAAGUGAUCUACAAAGGUUUUCUAUUUUUUCACAACCAAGCGACUUCUAAUGAGAUAAUCAAAUAUAACCUGCAGAAGAGGACUGUGGAAGAUCGAAUGCUGCUCCCAGGAGGGGUAGGCCGAGCGUUGGUUUACCAGCACUCCCCCUCAACUUACAUUGACCUGGCUGUGGAUGAGCAUGGGCUCUGGGCCAUCCACUCCGGGCCAGGCACUCAUAGCCAUUUGGUUCUCACAAAGAUUGAGCCGGGCACACUGGGAGUGGAGCAUUCAUGGGAUACCCCAUGCAGAAGCCAGGAUGCUGAAGCCUCAUUCCUCUUGUGUGGGGUUCUCUAUGUGGUCUACAGUACUGGGGGCCAGGGCCCUCAUCGCAUCACCUGCAUCUAUGAUCCACUGGGCACUAUCAGUGAGGAGGACUUGCCCAACUUGUUCUUCCCCAAGAGACCAAGAAGUCACUCCAUGAUCCAUUACAACCCCAGAGAUAAGCAGCUCUAUGCCUGGAAUGAAGGAAACCAGAUCAUUUACAAACUCCAGACAAAGAGAAAGCUGCCUCUGAAGUAAUGCAUUACAGCUGUGAGAAAGAGCACUGUGGCUUUGGCAGCUGUUCUACAGGACAGUGAGGCUACAGCCCCUUCACAAUAUAGUAUCCCUCUAAUCACACACAGGAAGAGUGUGUAGAAGUGGAAAUACGUAUGCCUCCUUUCCCAAAUGUCACUGCCUUAGGUAUCUUCCAAGAGCUUAGAUGAGAGCAUAUCAUCAGGAAAGUUUCAACAAUGUCCAUUACUCCCCCAAACCUCCUGGCUCUCAAGGAUGACCACAUUCUGAUACAGCUUACUUCAAGCCUUUUGUUUUACUGCUCCCAAGCAUUUACUGUAACUCUGCCAUCUUCCCUCCCACACUUAGAGUUGUAUGCCAGCCCCUAAUAUUCACCACUGGCUUUUCUCUCCCCUGGCCUUUGCUGAAGCUCUUCCCUCUUUUUCAAAUGUCUAUUGAUAUUCUCCCAUUUUCACUGCCCAACUAAAAUACUAUUAAUAUUUCUUUCUUUUCUUUUCUUUUUUUUUGAGACGAGGUCUCACUAUGUUGCCCAGGCUGGUCUCAAACUCCAGAGCUCAAGAGAUCCUCCUGCCUCAGCCUCCUAAGUACCUGGGAUUACAGGCAUGUGCCACCACACCUGGCUUAAAAUACUAUUUCUUAUUGAGGUUUAACCUCUAUUUCCCCUAGCCCUGUCCUUCCACUAAGCUUGGUAGAUAUAAUAAUAAAGUAAAAAUAUUAACAUUUGAA